AUGUUGCCCACUUUGGAUUUCUCUCGUUUCCAUGAUCUCUCUCAGAGAGAGAAAUUUUGUCAUCAAUUCGUCUCGACAUUGAAGGAAUAUGGAUUUGUGAAACUGAUUAAUCAUGGCAUUCCGUUGGCUCAGAUUGACCAGGCAUUUGCAGCAGCACGCCACUUCUUCCAAUUACCCUUGGAACAGAAGUUGAAAUCACCUCAUCCUCCCACGGCGCAUCCUCAUCGGGGCUUCAGUCCAGUCGGGCUGGAGAACAUUGGAGCCGUUUCCGGCUAUGGCAGCGCAACCAAAUCUCCUUACCUCAACGACAUGAAGGAAUCUUACGACAUUGGAUCCGAGUGUGAUCCACUUUACAAGAACAUCUGGCCCCCUUCGGGGGUGGACGAUGCCUUCCAACCUACCUUCAUUUCAUUCUUCGAAGCCGGCUAUCGCACCGAAUUAAUCAUUCUCAAGGCUCUGUCGAUCGGUCUAGGCCUACCUGAACAAACGCUGGGACAGCUUCACGCAGAGCAGACCAAUGAGCUGCGCAUCACGCACUAUCCUGCAGUCGCCCGAGGGGAUUUUGCGCAUUCGACACGCAUCGCUGCGCAUACCGACUUUGGAACAAUCACCCUGUUAUUCCAAGAUGCCGUCGGAGGAUUACAAAUGGAGGUUCCACCGCACAGUGGGCAAUUCGCGGACAUCGAGAGUGGGGGGCCAUACGAGUGUAUUCUGAAUGUGGGGGAUUGCCUGCAGAAGUGGACUGGGUUGUAUAGUGCGCGCCAUCGAGUCCAUCUUCCCAGCGAAGAGCAAAUCGACGGGAUGGUGCCGGAGCGCUUCUCCAUCGCGUACUUUGCGAAGCCUGACCGUGCUGCCAUCCUCCGACCAUUACUGGAAGGAAUUUCAGAUGAAAAAUAUCUGACGGCCAAUGAAUUCCAACACAUGCGGAUUGCGGGAACAUACUGA